AUGUGCAACGUGUACCGUCGGUUCGUGAAGGGCUUCGCGAAAAUAGCCGCUCCGCUAAACCGGAAGACGGGGAAAAAUCAACCCUUCGAGUUUGAGGUUCUUACCGAUGAGGAAUACGAGGCGUUCGUGGAACUAAAGAAGCGCCUCGUGUCCCCACCGAUCCUCGCUCUACCCCGUUACGGAAAAAAAUACACCCUGGAUACGGACGCUUGCGCGUACCAGGUCGGCUGUGCCCUAUUACAGGAGCAGCCGAGCGGUGACCGCUUACCGAUCGGUUAUUGGAGCCGCGCCCUCACGGACGCGGAGAAGAACUACACCACUACCGAGAAGGAAUGCCUUGCUGUCGUGUGGAGCAUCCUCACGCUUCGACCAUAUCUAUAUGGGAACACGUUUGACCUCCGUACGGAUCAUGAGGCUCUCCGAUGGGUCCUCAACCUGGCGGAUAGCUCUGGCCGGCUAGCGCGCUGGCGUCUCCGCCUAGCCGAGUACGACUACGAGGUAAAGUACCGGCCGGGUAUUAAGCACCAACUCGCGGAUGGUGUAUCACGCCUCCGAGUUGACGGCGCAACCUCCGAACCGGUUGACGACGAGGUCCCGUGUUUCGCGGUACAAUGGCGAGAGGAGGAGCAAAACCCCCGCCAAGGUACCGUACACUGGGAGACCCCCGUCGACCCGGGGAGAGCUGAGCACGCGUUCACGGUUAUACCCGAAGAACGCGACGUCUCAUCCGUAACGGUGGAAGAGUUCCUUCGGGAACAGGCCGAGGACCCCUUCUGUACGGCGGCCGCCGAGACUGUGGGGAACCCGGACUCGCGGUACGACGUUGAACGAUACGGGUUCGUCGUCCGCAAGUCCCCCCUCGAUGGGACCCUGCAGCGGGUUGUACCGAAGCGGCUCCGGGCGAAGAUAUUGUACCUCGCCCAUCAUCCCCGCCUAGCCGGACACCCGGGCGGUACGAGGAUGUACUAUACCCUCCGGCGGGAAUAUUAUUGGCCUCAUAUGGCCAAUGACGCCUUCAGUACCACGGCGCACGGGAAUCGCCACGUGCUCGUCAUGACCGACCGGUUUACGAAGCUGACGCGCAGUAUCCCGUUACGGACAACCACCGCGUCGGUCGUGGCAAACGCCUUCCUGGACAAUUGGGUCUACGUAUACGGCGCACCUCGUUACAUGCUGACCGAUAACGGACCACAAUUUGCCGCCAAGUUCUUCGACGCGGUGUGCGCCUUGCUGGGGGUGAGGCACUACCUGACUACCGCCUAUCACCCCCAGACAAAUGGGCAAACCGAACGGUUCAACCGUACUCUGGUACAGCGCCUCCGACAUUAUGUCGCGGAGCAUCAGAGGGACUGGGACGAAUACAUCCAGCCCCUGACUUUCGCGUAUAACACGCAGGUCCACCGGUCGACGGAGACAACCCCGUUCGACCUGGUGCUGACGCGACCACCGUCCGGUCUGGCCCUACCUGGUACUGUACCGCAGGAUGCCGUCUCCAACACGGAAGAUCCGAGGACCCCGGUACAGUACAAGCGCGCGACGCUGCGUAAACUCCGCGACGCCCUUGAGCGCACGCGGGUGAAACUAACCGCGGCGCAAAGGCGAUACAAGGCCGACUUCGAUAAGAAGGUGCGUUUCCGUUCGGUCAUCCAGGUGGGAGACCUGGUCUAUGUCGACCGCCCACCUCGGCCAUUGACGAGUACCGAACGGGGAGACCUGCCAAGUAAUGACGGGGGACCCUCCGUCAAGCUGUUACCGAAAACGGAAGGCCCGUUUCGGGUCCGAUCCGCUACGGAGACCACAGUGGUCGUCGAUCAAGACGGGGUCUCAAACCGCGUGAGCAUCGAUCGGAUAACCCGGAUGCCGCGGGGACCCCGCGACGUCACUACGGCCGCCCCGACCCAGCCCGCGGCGGCGGGAGAACCCGAACCGGUCGUGGAGUAG